GUUGUUAUUAAUCUCCAGACAUCUAUAAAAGUGUAAACAAAUAAUAAUAUUUAAUUCGUAAAUUAAAAAUAAAAUAUUUAAAUUUAUUGAUCCAAAGGAACAUUUCAUUUAUUUCUGCUAACUGAUUUUAAGUUCGGUAAAAUUGGUUAAAAUAAUGGGAGACAUUAAAUCAUUUUUACAUCAAUGGUGUACAAAAAAUUCUAAAGAACCUCAAUUUGAUGUCCGCCCAACUGGACCAAAGCAUCGUCAACGUUUUCUCUGUGAGCUUCGAGUCAACGGAUUUGAUUACGUCGCCGUCGGUAAUUCAACGAACAAAAAAGACGCUCAGGGCAAUGCAUCUCGUGAUUUCAUAAACUAUCUCGUCCGAGCUGGUCACGUCGCUAUAAAAGAUGUUCCAGGUGAUCUUGGACCCGUUCCUGGAGGAGGAUCAGGGCCAGGACCAGUACAUGGAUCUGGACUUGGACCAGACGGACCAGCUGGUGGACCUGAAGGCUCCCAUCCGCAACGAUCAGUCUUUCAGGAUGGAAUGGGUCCCAAUGACAUUGGGCAGGCUUACCGGCCUUACAAUGAUCGCGGACAGUCAAACUACACUUACUUAGACCGCAUUGCUGAUCAAAAACGUGUCGAGGAAGCUGAAGAUCUUGAUGUUAAUGCAAGUAUCCAUGGAAACUGGACCAUCGAAAAUGCUAAAUCUAAACUACAUCAAUUUAUGCAAUCAAAUAAAAUAAAUACUGAUUAUAAGUAUACGCCUGUCGGUCCUGAUCACACUAGGAGUUUCAUGGCUGAAAUGACAUUUUAUGUCAAGCAAUUGGGCAGAAAUAUAACUGGCCGAGAAACAGCAUCAAACAAGCAAACGGCAUCAAAAAGUUGUGCUUUGUCUCUAGUCCGUCAACUUUACCAUCUUGGAGUAAUCGAAGCUUUUUCGGGUACAUUGAAAAAAGUUCGUGAAACUGAACAAAUGAAGCCGUACCCCGUCAAGAUAUCGCCCGAGCUUGUCGAUCAAAUUCACCAAGUUCUUAACGGACUAGAAAUAAAACCUGUAGACAUUCAAAAACCUCCUCUUAAUAAUCCAAAAACUGAUCCAGACGGAAAAGGGGAAACGAAACCCGGAAUCUCUCUAGUAACUGACCACGUGCUCAAUGACUUUAUUUCCUCGGUCCCGCAACCCGCUGGUGUGGUAUCUUGGUCUCCGCCACAGCCUAACUGGAACCCUUGGAUCAACUGCAAUAUCGACGAGGGUCCACUUGCUACGACUCCACUAGAUAAACUGUCAGUUGAUAUGAUGACAGACCAACGCGAGCGUUUACAACAAGACACCCAGCUUCAGCAAAGCAUAAAAGAGCGUUCAACCCUUCCGGUAUUUGCCAUGAAAAGCCAAAUAAUGGCUGCUAUUAAUGACAAUCCAGUGAUAAUUAUCCGUGGUAACACCGGGUGUGGUAAGACGACUCAAGUUUGUCAGUUUAUCCUCGACGACUACAUAGCCUCCGAACAGGGCGCUUACUGCAGUAUAGUUGUAACCCAGCCAAGAAGAAUUUCCGCGGUUUCGGUAGCAGAUCGCGUUGCUGCCGAGCGAUGCGAAAGUAUUGGACAGUCUGUCGGUUAUUCAGUAAGAUUCGAGUCUUUACUACCUAGACCUUAUGGUAGUAUUUUAUUUUGUACUGUUGGAGUACUUCUCCGUAAAUUAGAAGGUGGUCUUAGAGGCGUAUCUCACGUCAUAGUUGAUGAAAUCCACGAAAGGGACGUUAAUUCCGACUUUAUAAUGGUCCUUCUCCGAGAUAUGGUUCACGUAUAUCCUGACCUCCGCGUAAUACUAAUGUCUGCUACCAUAGACACGACUCUCUUCAGCGAUUACUUCAACAAAUGUCCAGUAAUUGAAGUACCCGGACGUGCUUAUCCAGUCCAGCAAUAUUUUCUAGAAGACUGCAUUCAUCUGACUAAUUUUGUUCCUCCAAUGGACUCGCGUAAGCGUAAAUCUCGUGACCCAGAUGAUAAUCUUCCAGACGCAGAACCAGAAGAAAAUAUGAAUAAAUUCGUGAGCGGUGAUUACUCGGAACAUACAAAGAACGCGAUGGCCCAGCUGUCAGAGAAAGAAAUAAGUUUUGAACUAAUCGAGGCUUUAUUGGAGUAUAUUCGCAAUCAAGGAAUACCCGGAGCAGUUUUGGUAUUUUUACCAGGUUGGAAUUUGAUAUUUGCAUUAAUGAAACAUCUUCAGCAACAUCCAGUCUUUGGGGGUUCACGUUACGUAAUAAUUCCUCUUCAUUCUCAAUUACCACGUGAAGAUCAACGAAAAGUUUUUGAACCAGUCUCUCCUGAUGUAACAAAAGUCAUAUUAUCGACUAAUAUCGCUGAAACUUCAAUCACAAUUAAUGAUAUUGUUUACGUAAUUGAUUCUUGUAAAGCUAAAAUGAAAUUAUUUACCUCUCACAACAACAUGACCAAUUAUGCAACCGUAUGGGCAAGCAAGACCAAUCUUGAACAGCGUAUGGGUCGUGCUGGACGAGUACGACCAGGUUUCUGUUUUCAUUUAUGUUCAAAAGCCCGUUAUAAUCGCAUGGAGCAACACAUGACUCCUGAAAUGUUUCGGACUCCGCUUCACGAGCUCGCGCUCAGUAUAAAAUUAUUGAAACUCGGUUCUAUCGGUAAGUUUCUUUCUAAAGCAAUAGAACCACCGCCAAUUGACGCAGUAAUUGAAGCAGAAGUAAUGCUUCGUGAAAUGAAGUGUCUUGAUUCAAAUGAUGAACUGACUCCGCUGGGUAAAAUUCUCGCGCGUCUACCAAUUGAACCACGACUUGGUAAAAUGAUGAUUAUGGGAUGCAUGCUUAGAGUCGGAGAUGCUUUGUCAACUAUGGCAGCCAAUAGUACAACCUUCCCAGAAGUCUAUAAUCUGGGGCCAGAUAUGCGCAGACUUUCAGCUCAACAAAAAUCAUUUGCAGGUGCUAGAUACAGCGAUCACGUUGCAAUGUUGAACGCCUUCCAGUGCUGGGAAGAAGCUCGAGGUGGUGGUGAGUUUGCAGAACAAUCUUUUUGUGAUGCAAAAGGUCUGAGUUUGCCUACUUUGCGUGUAACCUGGGAAGCCAAAAAUCAAUUACAGGGUUUACUGCAGUCUGCUGGUUUUCCUGAAGAAACUUUGUGCCCAACACCGCUUAAUUAUCAAGCAGGAGCUGACGUACGUCUUGAUACCAUCACCGCAUUGCUUUGUAUGGGUCUUUAUCCGAAUGUUUGUUUCCAUAAAGAGAAGCGUAAAGUGCUAACAACUGAAUCAAAGUCAGCUUUAAUUCACAAGACUUCUGUUAAUUGCAGUAAUUUUGAACAAUCUUUUCCAUAUCCAUUUUUUGUUUUUGGUGAGAAAAUUAGAACACGCGCUGUCUCUUGCAAGCAACUUACUAUGGUAUCACCAAUUCAUUUGCUGCUCUUUGGAUCCCGGAAAGUUGAAUACAUUGACAAUGUAAUAAGACUUGAUAAUUGGAUAAAUUUGGACAUUAAUCCAGAACACGCUGCUGCUAUUGUAGCUUUGAGACCUGCAUUGGAGAGUUUAGUUGUACGUGCAGCUAAAGAUCCGGAAACUAUUUUGGAACUGAGUCCUAUUGAAGACAAAGUAUUGGCAACUAUAAAGACAUUGUGCGGAAUGAAUGCUGGCCGGUAUGAGAUGGACGCAAUCACGGGUGGAGGUUUCCAAUCGCGAAGACCACCACGAGGACAUAUGACCGGAUACGCGGGUCCAAGCCCCCCCAAGUUUUUCCGGGAUAACAAUUUCCGUGGUGGACCUCCCAGAGGGUUUGGUGGAAGAGGAGGAGGAGGAUUUAGAGGGCGUGGGUGGGGAGAUAGAGGUGCUGGGGGACCUAGAGGUGGUUUCAACAAUAGAUACUAAGAUUUAUUAAACUAAAAUACUGGAUUAUUUAUAUUUUAUUUUAUAAUUAGAUAUUAAAUUUGUCAUGCAUUAAAUUUUUGAAAAAUAAAAUUCAUCAAUAUCUAAUUUUUUUUUAGUUUUUUAUUUUAAAAAUUUAUCUUUAUUAUUUAAGGUGA